ACCCAAGCUCUGCCGUGCGGCGCUCCGAAAUUUCGCGGACGGACUGUUGCUGGGCUGCUGGGCGCCGCUACAGUGGGCGCGUCCACGUACGAAUAUGCCCCGGGAAUAAAAUCGAGUGGGUGGGGACGAGAUUUCCGUGAGGAAAUUGAGGGUCGUGAUUGGACGAACUGGUUGCAGCUGCUGCUCAGAUCACGUGACUGCGUUUUGUCCAACGGGCGUGUGGUUGAGUGUAUGUGUGUGUGCGUGUGUGACGACGCUUGGCUUACAGCGGGGGAUCUCAAGCAUUGAGGAUGCGACUUUGGUUUUCCUGCUUGGACCUGAUGUGUAUGAGGAAGAUGAAAAGGGUUGAAUUAGAUGGUCGUGGUGAAUUGGCACGUAGGGGAAGAGUGACGGUUCUCCUGACUAAUACUGAAAUAUGCUGUUCUGUUCUUGCACGCACGUUGAUCCUCAUCUUCCGAGAAGCUACCGCUCAGCCUCCGGCACUUACCCCGUAUCCGGCCCUGGUACCUUGCCUUUGCGCCGUAUUCGGCCCCGGCACCCUACCUCUGCGCGCGCUUUCCCACCAUGGGAAUAUCGCUCAUAAGAGCACCCUCCAACUCACUCUACACCCAUUGUAUCUACACCUCGACCUCUUGAGCAUUUCUCUAUCUAGCAAAAUAUCCAAAGUGUCAGGGAUGGGCUGGCAUCGUCGUUACCUAUCGCGAUCAAUCCGGUUGAGGCCGAAUGGGCUGGCGUCACUGUUGCUCAUUGUUACUAAUGUAUACUAUGCCCUUCCAUAUUAUGGUUGUCGGGAUAGCAUUCUAUCGGUUUUAUUAAUUUGGAUGGACAAAAUAUGUUUUGGACGCUGCCGUCGCAAUAGAUUGUACUAAGACGUUGCACUCCAAUGCUGGCAGGUGACAUCAUCUGGCUGUCAGAGCUCCUCGUCUCAACUCACCUCGCACCACCACUUAAUCCCAACGUCAACUUUCGGGAGCCACUUACAUCUUACAGCUCUACUACA